GGAUGUGGCCUUUAGAGUCAUUGAGGGGGUGUCGACGACGAGUGGCUCGUCGAUUCGGGUAGCUCCAACGCCUAACCGGGACAAGAGCCAAGUUGAGAACCUCGAGAUGUUCGGGGGGAGUGGCCAAGAAUUCACGUUUGGCGAGAAGGGAACCCUAUGGGCAGAGGGAAGCGGCUCGGUAGAGCUGCGGUGUGCGACACCGACCGGAGAAAGUCUGGUCGCUGUGCAGAACGUGAUGUAUGUCCCGGGGGUGGCGGCGAAUUUGAUCUCGGUGAGCAAGGCCACCGGGGUUGCGUCAGUGCAGUUCAAGGAGAACGGCAACUGUGAGCUUGAGGUUGACGGGGAGGUAGUUCUUGUCGCUCGCAAAGUGAAGGGGGUCUAUGUGGUCAACCGGGCGGAGAAGGAGACGUGCUUCCUUGUGAAGAAGGCGGAAACGGCGGAGCUGUGCACCGACGGUUGA